AUGAGCGCGGUCCGCGGGGCAGUUGGCGCAGCGGCGCGGCGGAUAGCGGGGUGGGACGUGGUGGGGACGCGCAUCAAGCUGCAGUCGCUUAUAGCGGAAAACCCGGGGCAAGGGCAGGUCGCGUCGCUGCCGCGGCAGUACCUUCUCAUCCCCUCAGUUGCGGCGCAAGCGGUGUCCCAAACGUUCCCCACGCGCGCGGGGUGCGUGUACGAGGGGUCGUUCGCCAUCCGCUCCCACCACGUGGACGGCUGGCCCGCUGCCGUCAUGCUGUCCGUGACUGACGUGGCAUCGAGUCAGCAGCUGCACUUCGACGUGCUGCACGAGAAGAUGGUGAGAGCGAGAGGGGAAGUUGAACGGGAGAGGAGGGAGAAUGAGAGGGUGGGGAAAGCGAGGGAGGAGGCGGAUGAGAGGCGAGGCUGGAUGGUGCGUGAUGAGGAGACCCAGGAGUGGACGGUGAAGCGAUUCACGUUCAUAGCAGCGGGGAAGCGCGCCGAGCUCACUUUUGGCUCCGUGCCCGCACAGGGGGGGCGCGCUGCCUCUGGUGACGUGGGCGCUGCCAUGGACGACGUCACUGUCUCCAUGCCCACCUGCUACGUGGCUAGUGCGCAGAGCACGGAGCAGCGGUUGCUGGUGGAGGAGCAGGAGAGCGCAGCGCUGCAGGCACAGGCGGAGGCGGAGGCGUGGGCGGCGGAGGAGGCGCGCGAGCACAUGCGCAGCGCCAAGGACGCUGUUGCCCACAUGCACUCCGCUGUCUCCGCCACCCUCGCUGCUGCUGCUGCUGCUGCUGCUGCUACCGCUGGUACUGGUGCUGGUAGCGGUGAUAAGACUGGAGAGGGGAGUGCAGCGGGAGGAGGGGACAGGGGUGAGGCACAUGCGCAUGGGAGGGGCCUGUUGGGCUCGCCAGACAGCAGUGAGCAGCAGGACAGGUCCCCACAGGCACCGACUGCACCGCAGCACCACAGCCCUCCACCACCCCCGACCCCAUCGCCGUCCGCGCUCUUCCCUUCCCCAGUCCCCUCCUCCACCCGCAAGCUAGCUGCCUCCACAGCUGCUGCUACCGCCCUGCCGUCCCUCCCGCCGCCGUCCCCUCCCCCGCCGCCGCCCCCUCCCCCCGGGCCGUGGUACGGGCUGUUCAGUGCGGGCAAGGCGCUGAGCACGAUUCUGGUGCCCAUGGGGGCGCGCAACGUGCAGGUGAACGGCAAUGCAGUGAACAUCACGUCGGAUGGCGGCAACAGCAGCUCCUCCAUCACCAAAGGGUCACGGUGGCAGUCACUGAGCAAGUACUCAUCGGGGGUGUUUCAAGCGCGCAUGACGUGCCCUGCCAACGACACUUCGGGCCUCCUCUUCUCCUUCUUCGUGAGUCGCCCCCCCUCGCCCCUCUCCUCCUUGUCACUCUGCCCCCUCACCUACCUGAGCACGAUGGCGGGCGAGGGCAAUCACAGCGGGGUGAGUUUUGACUUCCCCGGGCGCAACAAGACGCAGCUGUACGCGACGCACCACGUCAACGGCCGCGCCUACCCCGUGGCUGUGCCGCUCAACUUCUCCUGCGAGGCACAGCCGCACCUCUACACCAUCUACUGGGACGCCAAGUACACUGCGUGGUACGUGGAUGCGGUGUUGGUGCGGCUGCUGCAGUUCCGUCCCAAGCGCUCCUACCCCACACAGCCCAUGUACCUGUACGGCACGCUGCGCCCUGCUGCUGCCACCAACAUGGCCAAGCGCGCUGGCGUUGCCACCGCCAACUACACCAACCUCGCCCAGUGGACUGGCAUCACGGUGAUAGGUCCCCUCAUGGCGCAGGUGGGCCCAGCGCCCCCCAAGAAGCCGCCAGGGGCGGUGCAGUGGCCGCGCACGAACGGCAGCAUCAUGGCGCCUCUGAUGGUGGACUACUGCGACGACCACUGCCUCUCCUGCGCCAACAGCACCGAUGGCUCCGCCACCAUCCGCUACGACAACCGCUGUGGGUCGCGCUUCCGGUCGUCACUGCCCUACUACUUUGCAUUCAUCAGUGGUGACGUGCGCUGUGCCCCGGGCCUCACCAGCGGCAUCGUCACCAGCUUCUACAUGUCAUCCCUGGAGGGCAGUGGCAUACAGGACGAGAUAGACUUCGAGUGGCUGGGCAAGAACAAGUCCAUAGUGCAGACCAACUUCUACGUGGGUGGGGUGGGCGGGCGCGAGAAGAUCAUCGACCUGGGCUUUGACUGCUCACAGGCCUUCCAUAACUACGCCAUCCUCUGGACGCCCUCGCAGCUCGUUUGGUUCAUAGACUACAAGGCAGUGCGGGUCGAGUACAACGCCUCCUCCGUCCUCCCCGCCGCCAAGAGCAAGCCAGACGCACCAGUGCCAUCUAAAGCGUACCCCUCCAAGCCAGCAUUCUUCUACGCCAGCAUGUGGGAUGCCGGCAUCCCCCCCUGCCCCGUCUUCGCCAGCAGCGCGCUCGAAUGGACUCCGCUCGGCCGCUUCCACCACUUCCUCGGGGCCGCCUCCCUCCCCCGCCGCAUUCACCGCUUGCGCCGCCGGCGCUCCCUUGCUGCGCGCAAGGCGCUCGGCGCAAGCCGACAACGGCGCAUUCCGCCCUCCCUGUCAGGUGCCGCGCGGGGAGACACCCUCCUACCCGGAGGCGCUUCGCCAUCGGACGAUCCACAGCCGUCGCCGCAGGAGCAGCAUGAGCAGCAGGAACAGCAGCGGCGGCGGCGCCGCGAAGGACGGCGAGUGCGGUUCGACGUGGGCGACAAUGAUGACGACGAAGCUAGGAAAGACACGAGCAUUAGCGAUAGCAGCAGCCGGCAGCGGUUCGGGUUGGAGCGCGGCGCGCAUCCGUUGGGCGUGCAACCCCUAGGGAACCUCUUCCUGCGCUCCGACCAUAACCCCCUUAAACCCCUCCGCAACGCGCGCGACGCGGGGCUCGGCGCGCUGCGGCGCCUGCCGGACCCGAUCCUGCUGGACAUUAUGGGGCGGCUUCCCGCCGAGUCGCUGUGCCACGUGGGCAUGGCGAGCCGCGCGCUGCACGUGGUGGCGCAUCAGGAGGAGCUGUGGCGCGCGCUGGUUCUCGAAUCCGCGGAAGGCGGGUUCGAAUGGGAGGCGAGCUGGCGGUGGACCUACGUGAAAUGGCGCAUGGGCGCACGGGGACAGGCGGAAGGGGCGGGGAAGGGAGAGGGGAAAGGGGGAGCGGAAGGGACGGAAGGGGUGGAGGAGAAGAAUGGAAAUGAUGAGGGGAAGGGAGGGGAAGCAUGCAGAGCGGGGAAGGGCGUGAAGCGGAAGGAGAAGCAUGGGGAGGAGCGCGGGGUGUUGCAGUACCGCCCGCCAUUGAAGAACCUUGCUUCUAAGCCUGCAUUGCCCAGCAUCAGCAUCAGCAUCAGCGCAUCAGCAUCAGCGCAUCAGCAUCAGCAUCAGCGCAUCAGCAUCAGCAUCAGCAUCGGCAUCAGCAUCAGCAUCAGCAUCAGCAUCAGCAUCAGCAUCAGCAUCAGCGCAUCAGCGCAUCAGCAUCAGCAUCAGCAUCAGCGCAUCAGCGCAUCAGCAUCAGCAUCAGCAUCAGCGCAUCAGCAUCAGCGCAUCAGCAUCAGCAUCAGCGCAUCAGCAUCAGCAUCAGCGCAUCAGCAUCAGCAUCAGCAUCAGCGCAUCAGCAUCAGCGCAUCAGCAUCAGCAUCAGCGCAUCAGCAUCAGCAUCAGCAUCGGCAUCAGCAUCAGCAUCAGCAUCAGCAUCAGCAUCAGCAUCAGCAUCAGCGCAUCAGCGCAUCAGCAUCAGCAUCAGCAUCAGCGCAUCAGCGCAUCAGCAUCAGCAUCAGCAUCAGCGCAUCAGCAUCAGCGCAUCAGCAUCAGCAUCAGCGCAUCAGCAUCAGCAUCAGCGCAUCAGCAUCAGCAUCAGCAUCAGCGCAUCAGCAUCAGCGCAUCAGCAUCAGCAUCAGCGCAUCAGCAUCAGCGCAUCAGCAUCAGCGCAUCAGCAUCAGCAUCAGCAUCAGCGCAUCAGCAUCAGCAUCAGCAUCAGCAUCAGCGCAUCAGCAUCAGCAUCAGCAUCAGCAUCAGCGCAUCAGCAUCAGCAUCGGCAUCAGCAUCAGCAUCAGCAUCAGCGCAUCAGCGCAUCAGCAUCAGCAUCAGCGCAUCAGCAUCAGCAUCAGCAUCAGCAUCAGCGCAUCAGCAUCAGCGCAUCAGCAUCAGCGCAUCAGCAUCAGCAUCAGCGCAUCAGCAUCAGCAUCAGCGCAUCAGCAUCAGCAUCAGCAUCAGCGCAUCAGCAUCAGCAUCAGCGCAUCAGCAUCAGCAUCAGCGCAUCAGCAUCAGCGCAUCAGCAUCAGCAUCAGCAUCAGCGCAUCAGCAUCAGCAUCAGCAUCAGCGCAUCAGCAUCAGCAUCAGCAUCAGCAUCAGCGCAUCAGCAUCAGCAUCAGCAUCAGCGCAUCAGCAUCAGCAUCAGCAUCGGCAUCAGCAUCAGCAUCAGCAUCAGCGCAUCAGCGCAUCAGCGCAUCAGCAUCAGCAUCAGCGCAUCAGCAUCAGCGCAUCAGCAUCAGCGCAUCAGCAUCAGCAUCAGCGCAUCAGCAUCAGCAUCAGCGCAUCAGCAUCAGCAUCAGCAUCAGCGCAUCAGCAUCAGCAUCAGCGCAUCAGCAUCAGCAUCAGCGCAUCAGCAUCAGCGCAUCAGCAUCAGCAUCAGCAUCAGCAUCAGCAUCAGCGCAUCAGCAUCAGCAUCAGCAUCAGCGCAUCAGCAUCAGCAUCAGCAUCAGCAUCAGCGCAUCAGCAUCAGCAUCAGCAUCAGCGCAUCAGCAUCAGCAUCAGCAUCAGCAUCAGCGCAUCAGCAUCAGCAUCAGCAUCGGCAUCAGCAUCAGCAUCAGCAUCAGCGCAUCAGCAUCAGCAUCAGCAUCAGCAUCAGCGCAUCAGCAUCAGCGCAUCAGCAUCAGCAUCAGCGCAUCAGCAUCAGCAUCAGCGCAUCAGCAUCAGCAUCAGCAUCAGCAUCAGCAUCAGCAUCAGCAUCAGCGCAUCAGCAUCAGCGCAUCAGCAUCAGCAUCAGCGCAUCAGCAUCAGCAUCAGCGCAUCAGCAUCAGCAUCAGCAUCAGCGUAUGCGCAUCAGCAUCAGCAUCAGCAUCAGCGCAUCAGCGCAUCAGCAUCAGCAUCAGCAUCAGCAUCAGCGCAUCAGCAUCAGCGCAUCAGCAUCAGCGCAUCAGCAUCAGCAUCAGCAGCAUCAGCAUCAGCAUCAGCGCAUCAGCAUCAGCAUCAGCAUCAGCGCAUCAGCAUCAGCAUCAGCAUCAGCGCAUCAGCAUCAGCAUCAGCGCAUCAGCGCAUCAGCAUCAGCGCAUCAGCAUCAGCGCAUCAGCAUCAGCAUCAGCGCAUCAGCGCAUCAGCAUCAGCGCAUCAGCAUCAGCAUCAGCAUCAGCGCAUCAGCAUCAGCAUCAGCGCAUCAGCAUCAGCAUCAGCAUCAGCGCAUCAGCAUCAGCAUCAGCAUCAGCGCAUGCGCAUGCGCAUCAGCGCAUCAGCAUCAGCAUCAGCAUCAGCAUCAGCGCAUCAGCAUCAGCAUCAGCAUCAGCGCAUCAGCAUCAGCAUCAGCGCAUCAGCAUCAGCAUCAGCAUCAGCGCAUCAGCAUCAGCAUCAGCAUCAGCAUCAGCGCAUCAGCAUCAGCGCAUCAGCAUCAGCAUCAGCGCAUCAGCAUCAGCAUCAGCGCAUCAGCAUCAGCAUCAGCAUCAGCGCAUCAGCAUCAGCGCAUCAGCAUCAGCAUCAGCGCAUCAGCAUCAGCAUCAGCAUCGGCAUCAGCAUCAGCAUCAGCAUCAGCAUCAGCAUCAGCAUCAGCAUCAGCGCAUCAGCGCAUCAGCAUCAGCAUCAGCAUCAGCGCAUCAGCGCAUCAGCAUCAGCAUCAGCAUCAGCGCAUCAGCAUCAGCAUCAGCGCAUCAGCAUCAGCAUCAGCAUCAGCAUCAACAUCAGCAUCAGCAUCAACAUCAGCAUCAGCAUUGGCAACCUUCUUCCCUCCCCCCACACCAGGUACCGGACUUCUACUCAGACUAUUUCUUCCAGAGCUGGCUGUGCACCAGCCUCGCCCUGCCUCCCGCCUGGACCGCCCACGACAACAUCCCGCGCGUCGCCGCCACCUCUCUCUCCCCCGCCGACUUCGCCGCCCGCUUCGAGCGCCCGGGGCGGCCCGUCAUCAUCACAGGCGCCAUCAGCCACUGGCCGGCGCUGUCCCGCUGGCAGAACCGCGAGUACCUGCGUGCCGCAGCAGGCGGUAAGACAUUUGCGUGUGGGCCGGUGGAGUUGAGUUUGGAUCAGUACUGGCGGUACGCGGACGGCGUGCAGGAGGAGCGGCCGCUGUACGUGUUUGACGCGCGGUUUGGAGAAAAGGCGCCGGCUGUGGUGGGGGACUAUGUGGUCCCUGAGUACUUUCGUGAAGACCUGUUUCAAGUGCUGGACCUGGGGGCGGAUGGGGGGGCGAACGGGGGUGACGGGGGCGAACGGGGCACGGGGGACGCAGAGGGAGCUGGGGGAGAAAGGGGGGAUGGGGGAGAGGCGGGUGUGGGUGAGGGAGAGAGCGAGGGGCAAGGGAAGAAGGAGGAGGCGAGUGGGCGGCCUGAUUUCCGGUGGCUGAUCAUGGGCCCUGCACGGUCGGGGUCGUCAUGGCACAUAGACCCCAACUCCACGUGCGCAUGGAACGCCGUCAUCACCGGCUCCAAGAAGUGGAUCCUCUUCCCGCCCAACGAGGGCCCGCCACCUGGCGUGCGCGCGAGCCCCGACGGCGCUGACGUGGCAGCUCCGGUGUCGAUCACAGAGUGGUUUAUGAACUAUUACGAGGAGAUGCGGCGGGGGCCGGUGACGGCGUAUGAGGGCGUGUGUGCGGCGGGCGAGGUGAUGUUUGUGCCGCAUGGGUGGUGGCACAUUGUGCUCAACCUGGAGGAGUCCAUUGCUGUCACUCAGAACUACGUCUCCAGUGCGAACCUAUUGGAUGUGAUGCGGUUCCUGCAGCGCCCCAAUGCGCGCGUGCUGGUGUCGGGCAUGGGCGAGGGGCAGCGCGAGGGGCUGCACGACCGCUUCCGCCAGUGCCUCGCCGUGCACCGCCCGGGGCUGCUGGAGAGGGAGCAGCGGGAAGAGGAGGAGCGCGAGCGCAGGCGCAAGCAGAAGGCUGCGUUCUGGGAACAAGCUGCUAAUGCGGGUGAUGGGGGGUUCAAGUUUGGGUUCUAG